UGCCCUGUUCACUCAUUUGUGGGCCUCUUGAUUGAAUUUUCUUUCUAAGAUCUGUUUCUAUAAUCCUUUUCUUAAGUAUUUCCCUUUCAACUGACCGCUAUUUGCUGGUUUUGAUGGAGGUUUGAUCUGCUUAGACCUUCUGGUCUCAAAGAGUUAACACCUCACAUUGGAAUUGUAACUGGUCAAACAAAAGCAAAACCUAUUUUGGGGGAUACCUAGGUUUUCUAUCGGACCACUCCUGGAUCACUUCUUUGACUGGCCUCAUGUCUUAUAAAGGGCAGCCUGGUAUCUCUGUCAUGAUUAAUCCUCCUACCGUCAACAUCACUCUCUACAGCCCUCUGGAUGAGGAUUCUCCUUCUCUUCAAGACAAAUCAACCUUUCCCGAAGACGAGAACAGUGAAGAAGGACAUAGCGCCAGAAUGGAUACAGAGGAGGAGGAGGAUACUGCCGCCUGGAAUGCCUUGCCGGGAUGUCUUCUGUCUGACAACGAGGUAAUCGAAGAAGAAGACCGUAUUCUGGCCUGUGUGUCUCCCGAACUACGCGAACCUCUACUUCGGUUUAUCUCUUCCCACCCGUUCAUCUCCGACUGCGAGGCAGGUCUCCCUGUGACGUUAGCUGCACGGGACGGCUUCAAGGCAGAUGUUCGCAGGAAAGCUAUCGCAGCAGGCAUGAAACGCAAAAGCAAUAUUACAGACCUGCUAGUGUACGUUACCAAGAUCUACGUCGAUGUCGUCCCUGUCUUGGUGGAAAUGCAAACGGGCAAGAAGCGGAAGCGUGUCAAGGAGAAACGGGCGAAAAAGUCACAACGGUUGAAGGAGAAUCCACCCGAAAGCCCCCUACAAUCGGAUAAUUCUCCUCUACCGACUCCUGAUGAAUCCGUGGGUGAUGAUCUCGACGGGGGAUUCGAAGCAUCUGGAUCGGAUCCCGGGCAAGAAGGAGAUACCCAUGAUAGCAUCUUCUCGACUCGUCUCCCGGAGGAUCAGCAGACAGAUGUCUCUGUUGAUGUCGCGAAUCAGCCGCCAGCCAUACCACGCUCCUCCGGUUACGUGCCUGACGACCAGCUAACGGAGCGCCAGCUGAUCAGAAAAGAGAGUAACCGCCGCAAGAGAAGGAGCCGGAAGCUGCGGAGAGCCCUUCGGAAUCGUAUGAAUCAAAUCAAGGCGGACGAUGAAGGAACGGGGAUUCCCGAAUCUGAACAGGAGGAUUUUUGAUAACCGGUGAUUUGCACGGCGUCGUCGCCGGCGAGGAGGUGAAGUCAAAAUACUUUUGCGCCACACGAGUUCUCGAACCCGUUCCCGAACAGAAAACAACAACACAUCAAGAAGUCUCCAUACCCAACACUUUCCUACACGAUGUCGGUUCUCCCGAUAGCGAUUUGAGCGACGUUCCCGACGACUACGAAGACAACCGCCCGGCAUACUGGACGCCUCCCGGGACGCCUCCACCGACGAAGAAGAUAA